AUGGGCAACACGUCGAGCUCGCCGGUGCAGAGGUGCCUCGAAAAUGCCUUGAAUGGAAACAAAGAUCUCCUCGCCCUCAAAGGCACGCCCUUCUACCAGAUAUCGCACGUCAAGCCGUACAACCUUGGGGUCACUGUCAGUCCCGCUGCAGUCACCUACCCCGAAACAACUGAGCAGAUUUCUGAAAUAGUCAAGUGCGCCGUUGAAAACAAGCUGAAGGUGCAGCCGCGAUGUGGCGGACACUCGUACGCCAACUAUGGGACCGGUGGGCAAGACGAUACUAUUGUCGUUGAUAUGAAGCACUUUCAACACUUCUCGAUGGACGAAUCCACCUGGCAAGCUACGAUCGGUGGUGGCACCCUCCUUGAAGAUGUCACGAAACGACUACACGAGAAUGGCAAUCGCGCGAUAGCGCAUGGUACCUGUCCUCAAGUUGGUAUAGGUGGACACGCGACUAUUGGCGGGCUUGGCCCGACCAGCAGGAUGUGGGGUAGUGCAUUGGACCAUGUGCAGGAGGUUGAGGUCGUUCUUGCAAACUCUACCACGAUUCGGGCCUCCGAGGCUGAGAACCCAGAUAUUUUCUUUGCGGUGAAAGGUGCCGCGGCAGGCUUCGGCAUUGUCACCGAGUUCAAAGUGCGGACACAGGCCGAGCCAUCAGAAGCGGUGCUCUACUCAUACAAUAUCCAGGGUGGAUCCAGCAAGGACAAGGCUAGGGCGUUCAAAACGUGGCAAGAGCUUAUCGCAGAUCCAGACCUCUCGCGAAAUUUCGCCAGUCAAUUCAUACUCACCGAGUUAUUUGGUGCGAUCAUCACCGGUACGUUCUUUGGCUCGCAGCAGGAAUACGACAGUCUCAACAUCUCUGCUCGCCUUCCGAGCAGCGAUGGCUUGGUCUUCGAACUCAAGGACUGGCUUGGUGUGGUAGGUCAUUGGGCCGAGGACAUUGCCCUUGACAUUGUUGGAGGCAUUCCAAGCAACUUCUAUGCCAAAUCACUGGCCUAUACCAAUAACGACAUCAUUCCCGACAGUGGCAUCGAUCAUCUCUUCGACUAUAUCGAUAAAGCCGACAAAGGCAAUGCGAUAUGGUUCAUCAUCUGGGAUCUCGAAGGCGGAGCCAUCAACGACGUCGCGCCAAACGCGACUGCGUACGGCCACAGGGAUGCAUUGUUCUACCAUCAAGCAUAUGCGGUGAACCUUCUUGGGAGGGUCACCGACACAACGAGAGACUUCCUGACAGGCGUCAAUAAAGCUGUGACAGAUGCAUUGCCGAAUCAUGCCCAAGGUGCAUAUGCCGGAUACGUCGACCCAACACUAGGCGAGAGCGCUAGCAGCCUCUACUGGGGUGGUAAUGUGGAACGACUGGAGAGAAUCAAGGCACAGAUUGAUCCGGAUGAUGUGUUCCAUAACCCGCAGAGCAUACGACCGGCAAAAGGUUCCGCAAAACUCAGAGUCAGAUCGUGA